CGAAUGUUAUCGUUUAUCUGUUCAGUCGCGAGAUGUCCGUCAUAAGAUAAACAGUGGUCGGUUUUAUUGAACAGCAAUUAAAUUUACCUUCUUUACCAAAAUAGCUAGAUUUCGAUCGUGAACUAAUAAAUCACAGCAGUUUGUAACCCACGGAAGGGUUUCGACUACUCGGCAGUGUCUGCUGUGAUCAAAACAAACAAACGCAACGUAAACAGUUUUGCUGGUCCCGUGCGUCGUCGGUGGGGCUAAAAGAAAGGUGCGGCAUUCGGUUUCGUUUGUAGGUACGUGGAAGAAAGUGUUUAUAAAUAGAACCGGGAAAACCAACCGUGGACAUUCGUUGGGUUUGGUGUAAAAUUGCAAAUUUUCAAAGCGUAGUUUGACGCGAAAAUUCGGCGUGAUCGGACGGUUUUUUGUGAAUCACAUUAUCGAUGAGUGUGCAGUACGACUCGUGAUACAUUUACUAGAAACAUAUGGGUUUGUGUACAAGCAACUGAUAAGAUUAACAAGCCCAAUUAGCAGAGUGGUUAGUUGUGUUGGCCGCUGGAAGUUGAAAUUAUUUAAACGCUCGUACAAAAAAAUUGCUUCUGGAAGAGUACUGAUCACUAGUGAAGACCUACUUGUGCAAAGGUCAGUGCAGUUUUAAUAUUUUUACGCGUGAGGAAGGUCGUUUCGUGCCGCGUGUUUCGUCGUCGUCGUCGCCGCCGUCGCCGUGAAGUAGUAGUAGACCUUCGCUAUACCUUAUUAGGUACUGAAUCGAACGCUUUGGCAGAAUGUCUUUCCACAACGAAAACUAUAACUAUCCGCGCAAUUGGAACGCCAACGGGUUCGGAUGGGUCAACCCUGCCGCGUUCAAUCAAUCGCCUUAUCCCCAACAAAUGCCAACGCCAGCUUCAUCCGGCUACUCAAGCCUGAACCCCUCAUUGUCGGGUUCGGCACUAUCCUACGGGUUUGCCCCGGGUGUUGUGAACCCAAGUCCCGCUGGCUAUCCUCCGGCACCGGCAGCUAAUCUUCCAUAUCCCAGCAUGGGUUUCGGUGGGUACGGAGGUAUGCCAAUGCCGAACGCUAACCAUGCUGCGCCGCAGACGCCUAUGAUGCCGAUGCCAGGCGGUUCGUUCGGCUCGACGGGUUCAGCGGAGGAGGACGUCGCGCAGUCACAGGAAAUUCCCUUCCAAGCUGUCGCCAUCCCAGUUGUGGAGGGGAUGUUUAGCAGUCUCGGCGAAAAAGGCAGCGGCUUCCGAACCAACACCGACGUCCAAGACUACUACGUCCUGCGCAGCCAGUGUCGCGAGAAUGGUUCCCUGUUCGAGGAUCCAGAGUUUCCGGCGACUUCGUCUUCGCUGAUGUACUCCCGCCGACCGGAUCGGCACUACGAAUGGCUCCGUCCGCACGAGAUUGCCGACAGUCCGGAGUUCUUCGUGGAGGGAUUCUCCCGAUUCGAUGUGCAGCAGGGUGAGCUAGGUGACUGCUGGCUGUUGGCCGCCUGUGCCAACUUGACCAGGGAUCAGACACUGUUCCUGCGAGUUGUGCCGGAGGACAAUAGUUUCGAGGAUGAGUAUGCUGGCAUCUUCCACUUCCGCUUCUGGCAGUACGGUCGGUGGGUGGAUGUUGUGAUCGAUGAUCGGUUACCGACCUAUCGAGGGGAACUGAUCUAUAUGCGAUCGUCGGAGAAGAAUGAAUUCUGGAGCGCACUGCUGGAGAAAGCUUACGCAAAGCUACAUGGAUCUUAUGAAGCUCUGAAAGGUGGUACCACGUGCGAGGCAAUGGAAGACUUUACCGGGGGUGUCACUGAGAUGUACGAUUUGAAGGAUCAGACACCGCCGAAUCUGUUCCAGAUCAUGGAGAAGGGAUACUUCAGGAACUCGAUGUUUGCAUGCAGUAUUGAGCCCGAUCCAAACGUAACGGAAGCAGAAAUGCCGGAAGGCCUGAUUCGGGGACAUGCCUACUCCAUUACCAAAAUUCAAAUGGCGGACAUUGUGACUCCGUCGACAUCCGGCAAAAUUCCGCUGAUUCGUCUUCGCAAUCCAUGGGGCAACGAAGCCGAAUGGAAUGGAGCGUGGAGUGAUCAGUCGCCCGAAUGGCGCUUCAUUCCGGACGAACAGAAGGAAGAACUCGGUCUCAGUUUUGAUGUUGACGGAGAGUUCUGGAUGUCGUACCGUGAUUUCAUCCGCUACUUUGACCGAAUUGAGAUCUGUAACUUAAGCCCGGAUUCGCUGUCCGAAGAGCAGGAAAGUCGUGGUAAACUGCGCUGGGAGAUGUCCACGUUUGAAGGCGAAUGGGCCAUGGGAAGUACCGCUGGUGGUUGUCGUAACUAUUUGCAAACUUUCUGGCACAAUCCACAGUACGUGGUUCACUUGGAAGAUCCGGACGAGGACGACGACGAAGGCAAGUGUACGAUAAUCAUUGCGCUGAUGCAGAAAAAUCGCCGCUCACGCCGCAACAUGGGCGUGGAUUGUUUGACGAUCGGUUUUGCCGUCUACCGUUUGACCGAGCGAGAUUUGGCCCAGAAACCGCAGAAGCUAAAUUUCUUCAAGUACAACGCAUCGGUUGCGCGUUCCCCUUCGUUUAUCAAUUUGCGUGAAGUGAGCUGCCGAUUUAAGCUCCCGCCGGGGAAUUAUCUGAUUGUACCGUCGACGUUCGAACCGAACGAGGAAGGCGAAUUUCUGAUUCGGGUGUUCUCCGAGAACAAAAACACCAUGGAGGAGAACGACGAAGAGGUCGGAGUCGGUGACAUGGAUGAUAGGAUCGCGCCAGACGUUCCGAUCCCAUCGCAGCCUUCGCCCCAGCGUCAGGCAAUGGAGCGUCUCUUUCUGGACGUUGCCGACGCUGACGGUGAGGUCGAUUGGGUCGAACUGAAACGCAUCCUGGACCACUCGUUCCGUGAUGAUCUACCCAAAUCGUCGUCGGUGAAUGGAUUGAACAAAACGCGAGCCAAUCAGCAGAACGCAGCCAACUACGAUGGAGGCGGUGGUGAUGAUGCCGGCGGUGGACUGUUAGCCCAACUGUGUGGUCUCUUCUGCAAGGAUACACCGCUGGCCGAGGCGUUCGGGGGUACCAACGGUCCGAGAAUGGCGGAUGCCAACGGGAAUCUGCAAAAUGAUAUUAUUCCCAUUCAGCACGUCGACCAAGUUGGAGCCGGUUUCUCGAAGGACGUCUGCCGCUCGAUGGUUGCCAUGCUGGACGUGGACCAGUCCGGUAAGCUGGGCUUCGAAGAAUUUCAGUGUCUCCUCACGGAUAUUGCCAACUGGAAAGCGGUGUUCAAGCUGUACGACCAGGACCGAACCGGCCGGUUAAGUUCCUUUGAACUGCGGCAGGCCCUCAACUCGGCCGGUUACCAUCUGAACAAUCGCAUCCUGAAUGGGCUGGUACACCGGUACGGUUCCCGGGACGGAUCGAUAGCGUUCGAUGACUUCAUCAUGUGUGCUGUCAAAAUUAAAACCAUGAUCGAUAUCUUCCGAGAACGAGACACCGAAGGUACCAACAUGGCCACAUUCAGCAUGGACGAGUGGGUGGAGAAAACGUUAUACUCGUAAUACGCUUUAACAAAUACAUACCUAAUCGUAACGGUUCUAUUUAAACGCCACAAGUAAUCUCCCAACAAAUAUUUGUUAUUGCCACAGUUGACUGCUCUAUUCCACAUUCGUAUGGAUUUAUCGAAAGUACCGCAUUUUGCUCCGCCCAUCUGUAAAAUAUAAAUAAGAACGACAAAUUGUAUUUAUCUUGUUAUUCUGAGUUUUAAUGAAAUCGGUGUUUUUAAAUGUUAUACAUUAUCGCGUACAUAUGAGUUGUACUGCAGACAAACAAUCCAAAUGAUUGUUGUUUCCUUGAGUUAUGAAUAUACAACUGAACCGAAACCGUCAUCAAUUCUUAUGAAUGUUUGCGAUUGCCUCUCAAAAAUUUAUGCAGUGUUCUAUCGAAAGCACAGUACAAGUGCCACAAAGUAUCUAAAUUACACGAAGGUAAUAAAGAAUAAACAUAAAAUGCCUUUCCGCUGCCUUCUUGGCCCUAUUACCAAAAAUGCGAUCAGUCAGUGCCGAGAGCGCUCUAGUUUCGGUAAACAAUUUUUGAAACAGUGAAACAACAUAGGACAUAUGCUAAUUUUUCAGGGUGUUAUAUCUGAUUUCAUCUGAGCUCCCUUAUAUUUAAAAUUACAAAUUCACAAACGAAAAAACAACGAUAAUUUAUUUUAAAUGUGGGUUUAAGCUCUAACUUAUUAUUGUGUUUUGGACAAGUACAUAAUAGAUUCCUAUUU